GUAGAUCUUCAGUAUUAAUUUCUCUCAUCAUGAGAAGUAUAAGUAUCUACUUCAUCUUGUACUAUGUGAGAACGCAUUAUAAGCAUAUAUCGGAUCAUGAUCUCGAUUUUGAAAUCGAUUCAACAUGACCGCAAUCUCCUUCGUCCAUCCAAUCUACAACUACAACUACUAAAGAACUCUAUCUUCAGAGCAAAAGUAAUGACGUCGGCUCUUUCGACCUCUGCUGCUCCACAGCGCAGUCGCAGGUGUGCAAUCGAUAUCGGAAGCGGCGUUACAAAGUUUGUGAUCGCAGAAGUUCAUCUUGCCAAUGAAGAAAGUAGUGCUUCUACUGUUGACACCGACAAGAGGACCAAAAGAGUAACUGUUUCAUCCGAGCUCUUCUCGGGUGAACGUUCUGUGCCGUUUGGAUUGGCCUGGAAGCAGUUUAACAAGCUGACGCCUGAAGUAUGUGAUGCUGGGAUUCAUUUUUUGACGCAGGUGAAGAAGAAAUUUAAGAGAUGCGUAUGUCUGCCAGUUUUUCUGGUAGGCCCACACCUAACCUAACCUAAAAGACCACUCCGACCACUGAUUUAGAAGACCAGAGGUCGGAGUGGUCUUUUAGGUUACUUGAUCAUUCAGACCAUUGAUCAUACACCAGAGAGUAGUACUAGUACCUGUCCUGAAGAAAAGAUGAUCUUCUUUCCUAACACUCUACUAAGAAAAACCUAACCACUAAAAGACCACUCCGACCUUGAUCAUACACCAGAGGGUAGUACCUGUCUUGAAGGAAAGAUGAUCUUCUUUCCUAACUCUAAGAAAAGCGAGGAACUUGAAGUCGACGAUAUCUUCGCGAUCGGCACCGAAGUGUUUCGGAAAGCCGAUGGGAGUGAAGACUUCCUCAAAAAUGCGAAGGAAAAAACAGGCAUUUCUUUGGAAAUUGCGUCGCAAGAGUCGGAAGCAAAAUUUGGCUUUCGUACUGGAAAGGCCACAUUAGAUCUCGAGAGUCAGAUGAUGGAGUUGGAAAAGGCGAAGAGCAGACUUCAAAACGGGAAUGGUAAUGGUCAUCAAGAAGUACAAGGAGGUGGUGCAGAACUAGAUGAACAGGCCACAAUCACCCAUGUCAAAUUUAGUCCCGCCGACUCCGACAGAAGCACAUCACCAGUAUCAUCAGAUAACCGAAGUAAAGAAGAAUCAAGUACUAUGACAGGAAAAACAACUGUGCCCAUACUCAAGAAAAGAGGCUUUUUCCUACUUAGAAAGUGCCUAGUGCUUUCUCGAGGAUGAGUACUACACUUUUUCCUUUCAUAAGUACCGUGAAAGUGAAUGAAUGCAACCCUGGCUUUGAUAUGUGGAGUGAGGGACAUAGGACAGUACGGGCUGGACAACGGCACUUGAGUUUGCCUCUUUCUUCGAUUGCGACUGGGAGUGAUCUCGCAGCUGAUUUAAUAGUGUACGACAGUGGAGGUGGCUCAUUUCAGAUAUUGAAAGAUCCUGGCUCUUCCUCGUCUAGUACCUCGUCGAACAGUGACGCGAAGAACAACAAGAAAAAACAAUACCUUGGCACCUACGGUAUUGCACACGCUACUCGCGACUUCCUAGAACUGCUUCUAGAAAGACGAAAAAAUGGUACAAGCACCAAAGAAUGGCGUGAAAAAGUCGACUUGCGGAAUGCGGAUCCUUAUCCAAUCACAAGGAAGGAAGCUGAGGCGUACUUAGAGAGGGUGGCGAAGAAUACUUUUUCUUUUCCUAAGGCUCCUACAAGAAAUCCCCCAUUUUCAGAGCCAUCUUGCUGGUCUCGUUUCUCGAUGAGAAAGGGAAAAUGAGACUGCGCCGGUCGUGUGGAUUUCUCCCAGUAAGUUCUAAUUUCCCUAGCGCACAGUUCAACCAAGCAUCUGGCGAUGACCAAGAGCAAGACUCUUCCUGGCUCAAGGAGGAAGAAGUCCUCGGCAUAGGUGGUCCUGACGGUAUAUUUCGCGUUGCCGGAGACUUGGUUGGCAAACCGUUCUUCUCUUAUACAAGCGACGAACUGCGUAAGGCGAUCUUGUCUGAGGAGAAAUUCCUAGGCAAAAGCAUGGACUGGCUAACCAAUCAAUACUGCAAUUUCCCAGGUGCAGAGAGUGCGCUGUACUUGUUUCCUAAGGCGUGUAGCUUGUUAGUGGUGAUGGAGCACUUGAAGUUAAGGCUGUAGCUGAUGCAUCUUCGACUGCAUCCCUGAAACGUAUGGGGGAGCAUCCCAGUGCGAUACGCUGGCAUACAACUUUUCAAGGAUGCAGAUGCGCUCAAGAUGAAUCACGGGGAAGAGCGUUAAGGAAGCUGAAAAGAGUGCAUUGGCGACCAUGUGUGGGGAGCUGUUUGGGGAUGUUGUUGAGUACAAAAUGAGCAUAUAUGCCAAGACGAGUGUGAAAAAUAAUGUUGACUGAAAGUGUAUUGUUCAUCUUCCUGAGCCAUAUCUUCAGAGAAAAAUUGCACGCGGCUGGAUAACGGCACGAUAUUGGGUACCGAUAUUUAAGUAAUGUCCUCAAUAAAAUGGAACCGAUUCUGCGGCAUCAUCAACGAAGGAAUGUGAUCGACCUGCCCAUGGUGAUGACGAUGAUCGGUU